ACACAAAUCAGUGUCAGCAGCCAUAUUGCAUUUAUAUGGGUGAUUCCUGAGAAUCUUGUUUAUGACUCGUCUGCCGUGUCUCUAAUAGGCGUCCGAUUUUGAUCUUCGUGAUGGAGGAAACGAAGAUAAUUUACCACAUUGACGAUGAAGAGACGCCGUACCUGGUGAAAUUGGCCAUUCCUCCGGAGCGGGUCACCCUUGCCGACUUCAAAAACAUCCUCAAUCGGCCCAACUUUAAGUUCUUUUUCAAGUCUAUGGACGAUGACUUCGGGGUCGUCAAAGAAGAAAUCGUCGACGAUGACUCGCACCUACCCUGUUUCAACGGGCGCGUCGUAUCAUGGCUUGUUUCCGCGGAAGGCAGCAGCGUGUCCGACAGGUCGGACGGUGCGUCCCAGUGUACGGACAGUGCAGCACAUUCAGACCCUAAGCAGCAGCAGGUCGUCAUCGAGAAUCAAACCACAAAUUUCAGAGUGCCGCACACUAAAACGAGGACAAUGGAGGACUCAACUUGUACAGAGACUGAGUCUAUUAUCAGCUCGAGGCCAGGGGGCCCCAGACCCACGCGGCACCACGCGGAAAAAUACGAUAGAUACAUUAAAUACAAUGGCUUGCAAGGACCAAGAGCAAACGGCCAGUCAGGCAGGCAUCAGAGAUCUGGACACGGCUAUGAAAGCUCCUCCAUGAUCAGUUCUGAGUUGGAGACCACCAGCUGUCUCGACUCUGAGGACGACGCCACCUCUCACAUCACUACUACCACAGAACACAGCAGCGUGUCUAGGGCGCACCUGAGGCGGCGGCCGCGUCGAAGGAGGCACCGGAUGCCUCCAAUGUCGCGCACAUCCUCGUUUUCAUCCAUCACAGACUCCACCAUGUCACUUAACAUAAUCACUGUCUCUCUCAACAUGGACGCAGUCAAUUUUCUAGGAAUUAGCAUUGUAGGCCAAAGCAAUAAAGGCGGCGACGGCGGAAUUUACGUCGGCUCAAUCAUGAAAGGCGGGGCGGUAGCAUUGGACGGUCGAAUUGAACCUGGAGACAUGAUUCUGCAGGUCAAUGACAUUAAUUUCGAAAAUAUGAGCAACGACGAGGCUGUCCACAUCCUCAGGGAAGUGGUCCAGAAGCCAGGGCCAAUUAAGUUGGUAGUUGCCAAGUGUUGGGAGCCAAAUCCCAAAGGAUACUUUACGAUACCGCGGACUGAACCAGUGCGGCCCAUUGACCCUGGGGCCUGGGUGGCUCACACAGCCGCCAUCAGAGGUAAGAGUAAGGUUGGAGGAUGCGAACUAAUUGUGAGCCUUAACAAUCCUUGCCCAGGCGACUUUCCAAUUAGACCCGAGUCAGUUAGCACGAUCACAUCUGCCAGUUCAUCAAUCACGUCUAGUAUGCCUGAUUGUGACCAAAGAAACACAGAAGAGAUGCAUUUGACUGUAAGAACUGAUAUGCCCACGAUUGUGCGGGUGAUGGCCAGGCCGGACUCUGGGUUGGAAGUCAGGGACAGAUUGUGGCUGAAAAUUACCAUUCCGAACGCAUUUAUUGGCGCCGACGUGGUCGACUGGCUCAACACCCACGUUGAGGGCUUCAACGAUCGGAGGGACGCGCGCAAGUAUGCAUCCCAAAUGCUGAAGGCCGGCUACAUCAGGCACACUGUCAACAAGAUAACCUUCUCAGAGCAGUGCUACUACGUCUUUGGUGAUCUCUGCGGAUCAAUGUCUACCCUGAAGCUGCAGGAGGAUGAAUCAGUGUCUGUGGGACCGCUGCCACCACCAAGCUCGACCUCGCCGGCACCAUGGGGAGGCGGGCACAUGCCAUACGCGGGCACAUUCCUGUCGCACCCCGCCUCGGGCUACGCACCUAUGCCCUUCAACUAUGCCAACGAUCCCAGCGUUUAUGGUUUUGAGGAGGAACAGGCACGCUCCACCUCAGGAGGCAGCAGUGGAUCAGAUGGAGCUGCCAGUUUGGUCGGGUCGGCCAUCAGGGCUCCCGUGACUGGGGCUCCGCCUGCAUUACCACCCCUACCACCCGCGUCACCUCACCAGCAAGGGGCUGGUAGUGAGUCGGGAUCAAGGCGUUCUCGGUCAAGCGGCUCUGAACAGAGCGGCUCAACAGCGGCCGCGGGAGCGGCAAGCGGAGCCGGAAGUGCUGGAAGCGGGAGCGGUGGAGGCCGGCAGCUACAGCAUGUGCCUGAGGAGAUGUCUGGCAGCCGACAGUCUUUCCGCAUGGCCAUGGGCAAUCCCUCCUCGCCAAUCCGCAGCAACACAGCCGCACAUCCCAAUAACAAAAACGAAGUGCUGCACCACCAACAACACCAGCACCACUCGUCUCCCAUGCACACCUAUGAGAGCAUAGAUCUUCUGGAGUACAACUUCUCCAACAACAACAAUUGAUGCUUCUGCCGAUUCACAACCGCAGAAAAAACUUUUCUUGACCUUCUUGUAUACGAUAAUAAUUUGUUGUUGCUCGCAAGUAUUUAUUCGCAGUGGCAGCACAUACAGACUAAACUUGUCGUGCUGCAUUUUCUUGUUUGCACAAAGUUCGCGGCCACGGGAAUCAAAUCUGUCGAGUGCUUUUAAUUUUUAGUCAGAUGCCAUUAUAGCUUGUUUAAUUGUUAUCGCCGCCAAAAGACUUGAACGAAGGAAGAGGAAUCAGCUUGCAUACUCUAACUGUCUGUGUAUGAAUUUUUCUGCUCAAGUGGUUCAAAAUUUGUGCCAUCGAAGACGCCGUGAAGAUAAUAAUAAAACUUAAUAAUUUAGUUCACAAGCGUAGCUGUUAAUGUAAAAAAGAGCAGCUGCCCGCGUUAUACAGGGAUUUAGAACUUUGACUAGCAGGAAAUCUCGUGCAAUAUAUUAACUUUUAAAACAAAACAGCAUUUCCGGUCAUUUCCCUGUUUUCUUUACGCCUACCUCAUUUUUUGUGAAUGUUGUUGCCAACUCUGAACCGCAAGUUACGUUCCUUCAUUUUCAAAACUCGGUCAGCGCAGUUGCCAACAAGAGAUAAACUUAACAACAGGGUUUUCAAUAAAUGCAAGCUACUCUUGGUGUGUGGUUUUAAAUUUUUAUCUCUCUCUCUCUCUCUUGGAAUGCGAAGAGACGUUCGAAUUGAAAAUGUGAUCAAUUUUUGUGAAAGCUUCAUACAGCAAGAGAGCUUGCAUUUGCAUAUAUUAGAGGAAAUUCAUUAAGAUUGUCAAACUUUUUGCUCUUCUUAAGUAAUAUACAUUUAAUCUUGUAAGGUGUACAUACAUUAUGAAAAUAAAUUGAAAAUCUUCUGUAUUUGGAGAAUUAUAAUUGAAA